AUGAGCGCGCGACUCGGCACGCGCGCCAACACGCACACGACAGGCAGCGACACGCCCGUCAAGAAGAUGUCGGAACCGCUGGUCAGGAGCUCAGAAUACAUCUUGCACAAGUUUCGCAACAAGCCUCCAUCGCUCACCAUCCAUCUGCACGCCACCUUCUUCCGCUUCGACCAGCAAGAUGGCAGCUUUCCCUACGACUCUCCUAUGAAAUUCAUCCUCCACCAUGUGCGCAAACAGACGAUUCCUCACGAGAUGAUCCAGGAUCUGCUCGAGAACGGUGUCGUCUUCUACGACGGCUGUCUGAUCGUCAAUGUGGUCAAUCACAAAUCCUCCGUUGCAAAGACUCCCGCUCCCGGCAACCUGUCCGUGUCCUCGGCCGAUCAGAACAUUUCUUUCUCAAUGCACAACUACCACGACCAUAUCACUCCUUCGCCAUUCGGCCCAUAUCCUAAGAAGGCUUCAGACCGUCCAUCCAUACCAAACAAGAGGUCCGAGUCAGUCAAGCAGCAAGAUGGCAUCAAAGACCAAGCCCACGCCGGCCCCAGGACCACAACCAUCGUUCUGCAUCCCACCGAUCUGUCGCGCCAUCACGAGCUGAUGCAUCUUGCGAACAAGUCAAACAACAUCGGCCCGAGUAUUGACGAGAGGGACUAUUACCAGUUCGAGGCCAACAUGCUCGUCUCCACGGAGCCACCACUACUGCUAGAGCCCGCAAAGACUCGCGAAGAGGCCGAGUUGGCCUUGGGCCUGCUCAGACAUCCUUUGCACUCCGAGCCUCCUCCAUCGCCCAGAUCCCGCAAGCGUACUCAUGCCGAAAUGGCUCUCGACGAUGCACAAGCCUUCGAGGAAGAGCGGCGCAUGCUCAUCAUGGACGAACGGACGAAACCUUUCUUGCGUGGUGCCAACGGCAACUCCACUUCGGAAGGUCAGACUGCGUCAGUAGCUCUUGGCUUUUCCAGAUUCAAGACUCUUGAGACUAUUAAGAAGAACCACGAGGAGAACGACCGCAAGAAGAAGGAAGAAGAGGCCCAGAAGGCUAUCGAGAAGCGCCAACACGACGCUACCUUGGCGCAAAAGAGGAAGCUCAUGGAGGAUAGGAACAGACAGGAGCAAGUGGCCACACAGCAGAAGCAGAAGAUGAUGAUGCAGCAGCAACAGCUGAUGCAACAGCAACAGCAGAAAGCCCAACAGCAGGCUCAGCAACAGGCUCUUCAGCAACAGCAGCAAGCCGCCCAACUCCAGCAACAGCAACAAAUGCAACAGCAGCAUGCUCACAACCUGGCUCAAGCACAGACUCCCAUGGCUACAAAUCCUCAACAACAACACCUCCAACAACAAGCUGCUAUGAGCGCUCAGCACUCGUCACCCAUUGUUCACAACCCUACACCUAUCAUGGCUUCAUCUCCUCUGAUGUCAAACGGCGCCAACAUGAACAUGGGAGGCUUCGCGAUGCAACCUACCGCUUCUAAUCAAGGCGCUGGAAGCCCACCUCGUCCUCCCUCGGCUGCCAUGCAACAUGCUAAUGUCGCCAUGGCCAGACAAAUCAGCCAACAAGCCACUCAGAGCCGUCAUGCUACUCCACAGAUGGCUCACAACACUCCUCAAAUGGCUUCGGCUAUGCCUAUUGACGGCAGCCGCCAGAUGAGCGGCACUCCUAACAUGCAACACCGUAGUCCAAUUCCGCCGCACAUGCAAGGCACUCCCAACCAAACGGGUCUGAUGGUUGGAACGCCGCAGAUGAAUCAGCUCACUCCUGGUCAGCAGAUGGCUAUUAUGCAACAACAGCGUGCACGCAGUCUGCAACAAACGAUGCAAGCCUCACCAAAUCAGCAAUAUACUCCGGAGCAGAUGGCAUUGAUGAGGAGCCAGCAGAUGGCCUUGCAGCAGCAGAUGAACCCCCAGAUGUACUCUCAGAUGCAACAACGUAUGCAGAUUCAGAGCAUGCAAGGGGGAACGCCUAUGAUGCAAACGCCCUCACAGCAGCAGCAACAACAGCAGAUGAGCCAAGCGAUGGGUCAGCAAAUGGGUCAACAGAUGGGACAGCAACAGAUACCAAAUGCGCAAGCUCAACGUGCACAACACGCUCGUACUCAGUUCAUGCGUACGAAGCAGAUGAUUGUACAGAUGCAAUCCCAGGGUCAGCCGAUUCCGAUAGAGCUGCAACAUCGUUAUCAGCAGCAGCAACAACUCGUUCACACGGCUCAGCAGCAGAUGGCGGUGGCCACGGCGCGAACGCAACAGCAGACUCUCGGUGACACGAACAACACGGAGCAAUACAUGCAAAACCUUCGCAACCAGCAAGCGUUGAUUGCAAGGAUGCAACAGAACCCUCGUAUGGCACAACAGCCGAGCAUGAUGAAUGGCGGAGGUCAGCAACAACAGAACAUGAACGUGAUGCAGUCACAACAAGCGCAGCAAAUCCAGCAAAUGCAAUUUGUAGCUGCCCGCCAGAAUGCGAUGAACCAGCAACGACCAGGAUCGGGAAUGGGCCAGUGA